AAUCCCCCAAUUUCUAAAGUGCCCGGGCCUCUCCUACCUGCAAGCCAAAGCGGCGGCAGCCAUGGAAGGAGGAUGGCGAGCUUCUUACCAGCGCUUCAAAGACGAUUUCUUUCGAUUCCUUCAGCGAAAUCUGACGCUUUGGGCUGUCUGUCCGGCAUCAAUCACCAGAAUACGGGAUCCUUCCUCCCGCCUCCAUUAAAUCUCCGUACUUGCUCUACGGACUACAGCAGAACUCUCUCACGCAAGAUUCUUUCGUUGUUUGAUUCUUGUACCAACUUGUUCUCUCUCCGUAAAUCGCACACCUUGCUCAUCAUCAAUGGGCUGUCCACAAACCUCUCUUUACAGACAAAGCUGCUCGUUUCCUAUGCUGCUUUGGGAAACACAAAGUGCGCACGCAUGUUGUUCGACAGAAUUACUGACCCGGAUCUUUACUCAUGUAAAGCAAUGAUGAAGUCCUAUCUCAUGAAUGACUGCUAUUUGGACGCGAUCAAGCUUUACGGCUGUUAUAGAGAGUUCCUUCUAGUGCAGGACAAUGUCUUGUUCUCGCUGGUCUUGAAUGCCUGCGUUAAAUUGUUUGAUCUUAACGAGGGAAAGAAGAUUCAUUGCCAUAUAGCUAAGGUUGGGAACCCAGAUGAUUUUCUUCUAAACACACUCAUUGACAUGUAUGCAAAAUGUGGAGAUUUGAAUUCAGCAUCUACCUUGUUUGAUACAAUUUUAGAGAAAAAUGUGGUAACUUGGACCACAAUCAUGUCUGGUUUGGUUCAACAUGAUCGUGCCGAAGAUGGAUUGAUUUUGUUUAACAGCAUGAGAUUAGCAGGUGUGGAGCCUAGUGAGUACACUAUGGGCACUAUACUAUCAGCAUGUUCAUCAUUAGAAGCUUUAGUUCAAGGAAGAUGGAUUCAAGGCUAUGUCUUGAAGAAAGGGAUGGCUAUGAAUAUCUUCAUUGGAUCUGCAUUAUUGGAUAUGUAUGUCAAGUGUGGGGAAGUUACUGAUGCUUAUUCCAUCUUCAACGACCUGGAUUAUAUUGACCUCAUCACAUGGACUGCUAUGGUCGUCGGCUACACGCAGAACGGCUACGCUGUUGAAGCUUUGAAGCUCUUCUCCAACCCUAACUGGGCAGACAUAAUCCCUAACUCCAUCACCAUUGCCAGCGCUCUCUCAGCUUCAGCCCAAUUAUCCAAUUUGAAUCUAGGCAGGUCAAUUCAUAUGCUUGGGAUAAAGCUAGGAGUAGAAGAUUACAAUGUUGUAAUGAAUGCAAUUGUUGAUAUGUAUGCAAAGUGUGGUUCUAUUAAGGAAGCUGAGAAUAUUUUUCAAAGGAUGGAUUGGAAGGAUUUAGUCACUUGGAAUGCAAUGAUGGCAGGUUAUUCUCAAAAUAAUUUUGGAUCCGAGGCUUUGUUACUCUUUCACAAAAUGAGGUUUGAAGGUUAUUUACCUGAUGCUGUCACAAUAGUGAAUGCUUUCUCAACUUGUGCUUCUAUUUGUUCACUGUAUAUUGGAGGUUCAUUUCAUGCUUAUGCUGUUAGAGCUGCCUUUCUUUCAAAUAUUUAUGUUAGUACCGCUUUACUGAAUUUCUACAACAAAUGUGGGGAUCUAACAUCGGCUCGCCAAGUAUUUGAUGAGAUGUGCAAUAAGAAUGUUGUCACAUGGUGUGCAAUGAUGGGUGGAUAUGGUUUGCAGGGUGAUUCUGUUACUUCUCUUGAUCUUUUCCAAAAAAUGUUGUGGGAAGAUCUAAAGCCCAAUGAAGUUACCUUUAUGAGCAUUCUAUCAACCUGUGGUCACACCGGAAUGGUUAAGGAAGGUAAGGAGCUUUUUGAGAGGAUGUGUAAACAGUAUGAAGUAGUUCCAUCCAUGAAGCACUAUUGUUGCAUGGUUGAUAUGUUAGUGAGAGCUGGGAAGCUUGAGGAAGCAGUAGAGUUCAUGGAGGGGAUGCCUGUGAAUGCUGAGAUUAGUGUGUGGGCAGUUUUGCUUCAUGGCUGUAGUCUGCACUCGAGAUUGGAUCUUGGUGAAAAGGCACUAAGAAAAAUAAUGGAGAUGACGCCUAAUAGCCCAGAUUAUUAUGUUUUGUUGUCAAAUUUGUAUGCAUCUGAUCAAAGGUGGGAUGAGGCACUGAAGGUGAGGGAACUGAUGAAACAGAAGAGAUUGAUAAAGUCACCUGGAAGCAGCUUUAUACGCACAGAUGGUAGAUGAGAUUUAUGUGAACUCAACUUAUCACUAUUUUGAUGUUAAGUGGUUGCAUGCACUUGACUUUAAAAUGUGACAAUGCUCAUUUAAAAAUAUGAAUCUGUGCCUUUAACCU